GUGACCACAGCGGCGGCAGCGCGGGGGGGGGGGUGGCUCUGUGGCCGCCGGCUCGGCGCGGCUCCUGUCGCGAUCUGUCGCGAUUUGUCGCGAUCUGUCGCGCCCUGUCGCGCCGGCCCCGCGGCUCCAGGCCCGCCCAUGGAGGCCGCGCCGCGGUUGGUGCCCGGGGUGGCCCUGCCGGGGUCUCUUCCGCCGGCGCCUCCCCCCGCCGCCGCCACCAGUGGCGACCCGCCACCCUCAGGGCCACCCUCAGGGCCGCCCUCAGGGCCAGCAGCGGCGCCGCCGCAGCACGACAGCGGCGACGUCCUGCAGCAGAUCAUGGCCAUCACCGACCAGAGCUUGGAUGAGGCCCAGGCCAGGAAGCACGCCCUGAACUGCCACAGGAUGAAGCCAGCCCUGUUCAGCGUCCUCUGUGAAAUCAAGGAAAAAACAGCCCUGAGCGUGCGCGGCGCUGCCGAGGAGGAGCCCCCGGACGCGCAGCUGCUGCGCCUGGACAACAUGCUGCUGGCCGAGGGCGUGGCUUCACCCCAAAAAGCGGCGGAAGGAGCCGGGAAAGCCGCGGCGACACCGGGGGGCGCGGAGCACGCCGAUUACCGCGCCAAGCUGGCGCAGAUCCGGCACAUCUUCCACGCCGAGCUGGACAAGUACGACCAGGCGUGCAGCGAGUUCACGGCGCACGUGCUGAACCUGCUGCGGGAGCAGAGCCGCACGCGGCCGAUCGCGCCGCGCGAGAUCCAGCGCAUGCUGCGCCUCAUCCACGGCAAGUUCAGCUCCAUCCAGCUGCAGCUCAAGCAGAGCACCUGCGAGGCCCUCAUGGUCCUCCGCUCCCGCUUCCUCGACGCCAGGCGGAAGCGGCGCAAUUUCAGCCGGCAGGCCACGGAGGUGCUGAACGCGUAUUUCUACUCGCACCUGAGCAAUCCCUACCCCAGCGAGGAGGCCAAGGAGGAGCUGGCGCGCCAGGGCGGCAUCAGCGUCUCCCAGGUUUCCAACUGGUUCGGGAACAAGCGCAUCCGCUACAAGAAGAACAUGGGCAAGUUCCAGGAGGAGGCCAGCAUCUACACGGCCAGGGCUGGGGACAGCCACCAGGGCCACCAGCAGGGCCACCAGGGCCACGGGGGACACUCCCCCUGCUCGCCCAACUCCGCUUCCUCUGGGUCCUUUAAGAUGACGAAUUCUGGGGAUUCUUUCCUCAAUUUGCAGCCCUUGGCUUCCUACCAGAGCCCUCCCAGCGCACAGCCCCAGCUGGAUUCCCUGCAGCACGUCCUGCAGCAGCCGGGGAGGUUCGAGCCCCUCGUGGGGAGCCCUUUGUUCUCCUCGCAGCGCCUCGAGGCCAAUGGCAGCUGGCAGGACGCCGCCACCCCCUCGUCCAUCACGUCCCCCGCCGCCGACCCGGGCAGCGACGCCUCCAAUUAAAGAUUUCUUAAUUAAAAGGACCUUUUUGAGAGGAGAGAGGUCAAUUAACGUUAAUUAAUGACAGGGCGAUAGAAUGAUUGACUCGCAAUGAAUUAAUUACCUCAGAACAAGCCAAUAGAUUGUGAUGGCAGCGACACCUCUACCUCUCAGCGCCGACUCGGGAUUAUUUAUAACUUCAUUUCGCCUCAGAAAAUGCCAUUUUUUUAAGGAAAAAACUUGGAUUUUACACCAAGAACCUGAAGAAGAAGGAAAAAAAAUAUUCUUGGUGUUUGUCUCCAGUUUUGCAGCGGAAAAAAAUGGAUUUAUUUUCAUUUCUGUGCGGUUUUUUACGCUGGGAUUUCUGUUCUAGAUUAAUUAAACCCCCCCUAUUGUAA